AUGUUCCCUGAGGGAAUUACUUUUGAACAAGUGGAUCCUUACAUCCUAGUGAAGGGAAGCAAGUUUUUCAGCAAGAAUGCUUUCAAGAAGAAUUUGAGGGCCUACUGUGUGAAGCAUAGACAUCAUGUCAAGUUUAAAGAUUCAAACAACUACAAGAUUAGGGUGAAGUUCAUUCAUCAUGAGAAGACCAAGUGUCCUAUGUUCAUUUAUGAAAGAGUUUUGAAGGGUGAAGGAACUACAUUUACUCUGAGAAGUUGGAAUGUGAAGCACACAUGCAAUGGAAAUGUUAAAGGGGAGAACAGAUGUGCAAAACCAGAAUUUGUAGCUGACUGGUACAUGCAUAGGUUGGAGACUCUAGGUAGCAAAAACAAAAUCCAUGAUCCUGAGUCAUUGGCAAAUGAGUUCAACAAAACAAUGAAAGUGAACAUUAAGUACCAUACAGCAUGGAGAGCAAGAAAUAUUGUGUUGCAGAAACUUCAUGGCAGCUAUGAGGAGCAGUACAAGAAAAUUCCUGCAUUCUGUGAAAUGGUGAAGGAAAAAAUGCCUGGCAGUGUAGCUAGUUUCUCAUAUGGAAGCACAGACAACACAUUCUUGUCAAUGACACUCUGCUUCAAGCCUGCUAUAGAAGGAUUCUUGGCUGGAUGUAGGAAAAUCAUUGGAUUGGAUGCUUGCCAUUUGUAUGGGAAGUAUGGUGGUGUGUUACUGGUUGCAACAGGUCUAGAUGGUCAGAAUGGUUUAGUACCUCUUGGUAUAAUGGUGUGUAUGAAUGAAACCAUUGAGAACUGGAAGAUUUUUCUCAAAGACUUGAAAGCUAUACUGGGUGAAGACUUGCAUUUCACCAUUAUAUCAGACAAGCAGAAGGGGAUUAGUGAAGCUUGUGACAAAUACUUCUUCUUGGAUGAGCACAGAUUAUGUUUCAGACAUUUGAUGAAUAAUUUCAAGAAGUAUUUCAAGUCAUACAGCUUACAUGUUCAUUUCUGGAAUGCUGCCAAAUGUUACAAGAAGAGACACUAUCAGCAACACAUGGAUAAAUUAUUUGCUGAGGAUGAAAAAGUUGCACUCUAUCUCAUAGAUCAAAAACCUGAAAGCUGGUCUAGGUCUCAUUUCUCAAAUGAAGUGUGA